ACGGGCGCGCUCUCCAGCCUGACGGUGGGCCCCCUCCCUCCUCCGCUUCCCGCCAGGCCCAGUUCAAUCUGAUGAGCAGCACCAUGGACCAGAUGAGCGGCCGCGCAGCCCCGGCCAGCCCCUACCCCGCGGAGCACGCGGCCAGCGUGCCCACCCACUCCCCGUACGCGCAGCCCAGCUCCACCUUCGACACCAUGUCGCCCGCGCCCGUCAUCCCCUCCAACGCCGACUACCCCGGCCCCCACCACUUCGACGUCACCUUCCAGCAGUCCAGCACCGCCAAGUCCGCCACCUGGACCUACUCGCCGCUGCUGAAGAAGCUGUACUGCCAGAUCGCCAAGACGUGCCCCAUCCAGAUCCAGGUGUCCUCGCCGCCGCCGCCGGGCACCACCGUGCGCGCCAUGCCCGUCUACAAGAAGGCGGAGCACGUGACCGAGGUCGUGAAGCGCUGCCCCAACCAUGAGCUCGGGCGGGAUUUUAACGAGGGACAGUCUGCCCCCGCCAGCCACCUCAUCCGCGUGGAGGGCAACAACCUCUCGCAGUACGUGGAAGACCCUGUCACGGGCAGGCAGAGCGUCGUGGUGCCCUACGAGCCCCCCCAGGUGGGGACGGAGUUCACCACCAUCCUGUACAACUUCAUGUGCAACAGCAGCUGCGUGGGGGGCAUGAACCGCAGGCCGAUCCUCGUCAUCAUCACCCUGGAGAACCGCGAUGGCCAGGUGCUGGGCCGCCGGUCCUUCGAGGGCCGCAUCUGUGCGUGUCCCGGCCGAGACCGCAAGGCCGACGAGGACCACUACCGGGAGCAGCAGGCCCUGAACGAGAGCGCGGCCAAGAGCGGGGCCGCCAGCAAGCGCGCCUUCAAGCAGAGCCCCUCUGCCGUCCCCGCCCUGGGCACGGGCGCGAAGAAGAGGCGGCACGGGGAUGAGGACAUGUACUACAUGCACGUGCGGGGCCGGGAGAACUUCGAGAUCCUGAUGAAGGUGAAGGAGAGCCUGGAGCUGAUGGAGCUGGUGCCCCAGCAGGUGGUGGACUCCUACCGGCAGCAGCAGCAGCUCCUGCAGCGGCCGAGCCACCUGCAGCCUCCCUCCUACGGGCCGGUCCUCUCGCCCGUGAACAAACCCCACGGGGGCGUCAGCAAGCUGCCCUCCGUCAACCAGCUGGUGGGCCAGCCGCCCCCGCACAGCUCUGCGGCCGGGCCCAACCUGGGGCCCAUGGGCCCCGGGAUCCUCAACAGCCACGGCCACGCCCUGCCGGCCAACGGCGAGAUGAACGGCAGCCACGGCUCCCAGCCCAUGGUCUCCGGGUCCCACUGCACCCCGCCUCCCUCCUACCACGCCGACCCCAGCCUGGUCAGUUUUCUCACAGGCCUGGGCUGUCCCAACUGCAUCGAGCGUUUCACCUCCCACGGCGUGCACAGCAUCUACCAGCUGCAGAACCUGACGCUGGAGGAACUGGGCGCCCUGGAGAUCCCGGAGCAGUUCCGGCUGACCAUCUGGAGGGGCCUGCAGGACCUGAAGCAGAGCCACGACUGCGGGGCGCAGCCGCUGAUCCGCUCCAGCAGCAACGCGGCCGCCUUCGCCCUCGGCGGCGCCGGGGAGCUGCCGCGCCAGCGCGUCAUGGAGGCGGUGCACUUCCGCGUGCGCCACACCAUCACCAUCCCCAACCGCGGCCCCGGCGCGGGCGCGGCGCCCGACGAGUGGGCGGACUUCGGCUUCGACCUCCCGGACUGCAAGGCGCGGAGACAGUCCAUCAAGGAGGAGCUCGCGGAGGCGGAGGCCAACUGACCGGCGAGGGCGCGCGGCCGGGGCCCGCGGAGAGCGCGCUGGGGCCUCUGCGGACCGAGGCAGAGGAGCCUGGCUUCGUCUCCUCCUUCUGCUCAAAAUUUGCCCCGGGAGGCCGGACCUGGGGCCGGGCCCGGGACAAA